CCCCGGGCGGAUGGACAAGAUGCAGGAGACGCUGCUGGGCUUUGAGGAGGGCCUGGCCUGCCCCAGCCCAGCCUUUCUGUCCUCCUGGGACUGGAAGGACACGCCGCUGCCGCUGCCGCCGUCGGGACCGAGGCCGCCUCCAGGCCCGGGCCCGGGGCCCUUCGAGCUGGGUCGGGCCGGCUCCCCUCAGAGCCUGUCCCCCACACCGUCUUUCGCCUCGUCUUCCUCGCCCGCCCACCCCGGGGUGACCUGCGGCCACGGAGGCGCGGGCGGCGGGGGCGGCGGCGGCCUGGUGGCGUGCGGGAUGCUGGCCUUCUCCUCCGCCUACCUGCAGAGCCCGGGCCCCAGCAAGGCCCCGCGGGGCGCCAAGGUGCGGAUGUCGGCCCAGCGGCGGCGCAAGGCCAGCGAGCGCGAGAAGCUGCGGAUGCGGGCGCUGGCCGACGCCCUGCACACGCUGCGCAAUUACCUGCCGCCGGUGUACAGCCAGCGGGGUCAGCCCCUCACCAAGAUCCAGACCCUGAAGUACACUAUCAAGUACAUCGGCGAGCUCACCGACCUCCUGAACGGCUCCCCGCGGCCCUAGCGGGGUGCCCGAGCUGGGGGCGCCGCGGCCUCACCCGGGACACGGACGAGCCGAGCCCGACGGGCUUCUGCCAGCCUUGGCUUGGCACCUACAUGACACAAGGGCCAUCGCGUCCGUCUGGCCCAGGAGGACGAGGCGCCGGCUGGGGGGACUUUUCACUGGAGCUCCUCCGCGGGGGCAGCGCACUUCCCUUCCCGCCUGGCCCGAUAGCAUUGCCUGGGAGCUGUCCAGCCCCGCCGGGCCGGGACACCUGGAUCUCCGCGGCUGGGACCUGGCGUGAAUUCGCUUUCGGAAGAGGUGCCAUGGGCGGGGGGGAGGGGGAUGUCUAAAGGGCAUCUCCCCAGUGGCUGCAGGGGUGGCCCUCUGUCCACGCAGAGCCGGAGCGGCCCCCAUCCUCCACCUUCCCCCACCAACUGCCCAGACGCACGUCAGGGGUCAUUAGGGACCUCGUCAAGGUAGCCUGGAAAGGAUGAAGGUCUUCGGAAGCGCCCUUGGUCAACAGUGGGGACACGCUGCCCCUCGGCUUGCGCUCCCCACUCCCCACUCCGCCCUGGACUCCUCCUUCCCACUGGCGGCCCCUUCUGGGUGCUGAGAGAUGGGCCGCCUUGUGGUCUUUUUGGGGGUGGGGGGCUGGGAAGGACAGUCUCCCCCUCCCCCCCACUGAUGGCUCAGAUGUGCCUCGGGUGUGUUCAUGGGAGUGGGGGAAGGCUCUCAGGUCCGGGUGGGCAGCAGGACACAGGGGAGCCAUGAAAUGGCCCUCCGAGAUCAGAAGAGAAUGGCUGCGCUCUCCUGGGCUUAGAGGAGAGGGCAUGGAGGCUGCAGGAAGGAGAGCCGGAGGAAGAGGCUUUGACCAAGUCUGAUGAGCCCUCCGAGCAUGAAGCCCAUCCCAAAGGAAGGGCACAGAGGGACUGAGGAACUUCAGAACAGGAAGGAGAAGAGUGCUCACCUUCCUCAUUGUACAGAUGGGGAGACUGAGGCCCAGAGGAGGAGUCUGACUUGCUAAGGACCUUACUGUGUGGCCAUUAAGGAGGCAGAUGGGUCCUCCCUUUCAGGAAUCUCAGCUGAGUAGCACUCAGUUCCAGGAACCAGGCAAGACCAGGAGAGAAGGUGUGGACAACCUAGACAAAGUGCAGCUCACCAGGACCGGGAGGUGCUCUCUAACCCCUGGCCCACAGCCUUGAAUGUGGCAGCUUAAUGCAAGUUUCCUAAAUUCAAGUGAGCUUUGCCUUCUGGAAAGUCUGCCUCUUUCUACUGCCUGGCAUCCCUUGGCUGUCCCAACCCAGGCCAUUGUGGUUGGAUGUGGCCCAGCUGGGCACCUGAAAUAUGGACUUCAAUGAAAUGGUCUGAGGGUCCUAGAUCUGGGAGGGACCUCGAAGGUCUGUGAGUCCAUUUUAUAGAUGAACAAGUUGAGACCUAGAGAAGUAGUGGUUUGGAUGAAGUCACAGGACUUCUCUCUCCCCUGAUACCCCUCUCUGGUCAGGUAUGAAAAGUUUUCCUUUAAUGCUCCCCCUAACCCCAACAACAAGAGCGCAGACAUUAAUGGAGGGAGGGAAUGGGGGAGGCAAUUUUCUGCCCUCCCCCAGCCACUGCAAUAAACACUUCUCAACA